AUGACAACAAGUGAUGAGAUAUGGCCUCCUACAUCAUCAACUAAUAUCAAGAGAAAUCAGGAAAACAAAUUUGACUUACCUUGUAACUAUACUAUUUGUAAGAAACCUAUUGGCCAAGGUUCGUAUAGUGUAGUUUUCGAAUGUAAGAAUACUUUAACCUCCAAACAUUAUGCCGGUAAAAGAUAUACCAAGAAACUUAUGUUUGGUAUGGAACCAAUGUUACAAAAUGAGUUCGAGGUUUUGAAAACCGUUAGUAGAAAUAAUUCCCAUUUACUUACACUCGUGGAUUAUUUUGAAACGGAGAAAUACAUCUUCUUGAUAACGGACUUGGCUAAAGGUGGAGAAUUGCAUGACAAGAUUUUAAAUAAGAUGUGUUUGAAAGAGUUCGAGACUGCCAACAUAACCAGUCAGAUUUUAGAUACAUUAUGUUACUUGAAAGAAAACAAUAUUGUCCAUAGGGAUUUGAAAGCAGAGAAUGUUUUAUUUCAGAAUAACCAUUCUAGUGAGAUAUUAAUAGCAGAUUUUGGAUUAUCCAAGAUCUUGAAUGGCGAUAAGUUAACAGGAAAAUGUGGUACUUUAAGUUACAUGGCACCAGAAAUGUUCAGCCAAAGCUAUGAUUAUCAAAUAGAUAUAUGGGCGUUAGGAGUUUUGGUUUACUUUAUGUUAUGUGGAUAUUUCCCCUUUGAUUGUGAAACUGAUGACGAAACCAUGGAUGCCAUCAAAUCAGCGGAUUAUAGAUUUGAUCCACCCGAAUAUUGGGAUCACAUACUGGCAGAAGCUAAGGAUUUCUUGAGUAAAUGUUUCAAAGUUGAUCCCACAGAAAGAAUCACUUGCCAUGAGGCUUUAGACCACCCAUUCUUGAAUUCUCUAAACAGAUCUUCUUCGAGCAUGAGCUUGAUCAAUAAAUUGAGAGAAUCAUUAGUUACUAUGAAAUCAUCAUCAAAUUUAAAUCAAUUAAGAAAUGGAAGUUAUAAUAACUUAGCCAACUUAAAUCUAAUGAAAACCUCAUUAUCCCAAAAAUCGUUGUCUGGAACAAUGUCCAAUACCAUGCUUAAUCCUUCAGGUUCAUUAUCGGAAAUCUUAUCAGGAACAUUAUCAGGAGCUUUAUGUGAAUCUCCUGAGAUGAUAUCAAGAUUUACUACACCCUUAACAUCAGCCAAUGUAUCACGGGUUCAAAGUUGGGAGAAGAUGGAUGGUAUAAAAUCAUUGACCAGUACCAAUCAAACCCACGAAGCCGUUUUUCAAAUUUAA